GCCUAGUUCCUGCCAACCUAAGGGCAUGUCAGGGCACCGUCCUCCAGCCACACCAGCUUCUUUUUGUCACUUCAAGAUUCACUUGAGGAAAUAAAAAUCAGCCUAAAACUGAAAAUGAGACAUUCCUGACCUCAGUGGUCCAGUUCUGCUCUCAGCUUUAUAAUGGCGGCAAAGCAGCAUGCAUUCGGCAGGAAUAAGACUUUAAACUUUUAUGUUCUACUCUUGUGGUACUGGGGACUGAGCCUAGGAUCCCUGUGCAUGAUAUUUCCCCCCAAAUCCUCUUCAGACACUGAGCCAGAAGAUGAACUGUCUGGAGAAGGGCUGGUUUUGCCCAGAGCUGGAAAACUCCAUGAGUUCCUCAGCCCAGAGGAGGAAACAGAUUCUGCUUCUGACUCCACUGGGAGCUUUUCUAGGACCUUACAAGUUGGGAAGCAGAAAGGCAGGUGGAGUCUGCUAGAGUCUCUGUGUCAGUCUGACCAAGACAGUGAUCAGGAUGGCUCUGAGGAUGAGGAAGACUUAGAGACUUUCUUCCAAGACAAGAGCAGGGGGAAGCCACAGGUCCGGGACCCUCCAUCUCUUAGGUGUGGUUCCAUGAGGCGCUGCAGCUCCAUGACCAGCCUUCCCUGUGACCUCGCCAAGACACAGAACCUGCCAGCCUCAGACUCUGGGCCUCCCUCCCAGCACAGAAGUGUCUGCUCCUGGGCAUCCUCCAUCACUGUCCCUCAGCCCUUCCGCAUGACGCUACGGGAGGCCCAGAAGAAGGCCCGGUGGCUGGCCUCACCUGCCUCUUUUGAGCAGGAGAGGCUGCAGGCCCAGAAACAGGGCCAAGAGGAGUCUGAGUGCUUUCGACAGUUCCGGGCCCAGCCUGUGCCGGCGCAUGUCUACCUCCCACUCUACCAGGAGAUCGUGGAGCGCAGCGAGGCACGGAGGCGUGCAGGGAUCCAGAAGAGGAAGGAGCUGCUUCUCUCCUCUUUGAAGCCCUUCAGCUUCCAUGAAAGGAAAGAGCAGAAAAAGGAAGCUGCUCCACAGACAGACUCGGCUGCAGUGGCUCAGGCCAAGGUCCCCCCAAAGAAGGCCACUAGAAGGAUCCCCAAGGCCAUUCUGGAACCAGCCCUUGGGGACAAACUCCAGGAAGCAGAGCUCCUCAGGAAAAUUCGAAUCCAGAUGCGAGCCAUGGACAUGCUCAAGAUGGCUUCGUCCCCCAUCAGCACGUCCAGUAGCCAGACUCCCCGCACAGCUGCCCGCACCCAGGAGGAAAAGCUGAGCUUUCUACAGACAGAAUUCGGAUUCCAGCCUCGGGUGAACCCUGUGGUCCCUGACUAUGAGGGCCUUUACAAGGCUUUCCAGAGAAGAGCUGCCAAGAGAAGGGAGACCCGGGAGACAACGCGAAACAAGCCCUUCCUGUUACGGACGGCCAGCCUGUGCCACACUCCACGGCCCUGUGAUGCCACUACUGCUGAAGGAGGGAGAAAGAGAACCCAGAAGUCCCCUCAGCCAGCUGCUACCCCCUUGCCAAGGAGUCAUUCUCUGAGUGGUCUUGCUUCCUUUUCUGCCAACACCCUCCCUGUGCACAUCACAGAUGCUACCAGGAAGAGGGAGUCUGCAGUCAGAAUGUCACUUGAAAAAAAGGACAAAUCAGACAAGAGCAUUCAGUGGCUGGAGAUGCACAAAAAGAACUGUCAAGCCAUGUCUAAAUCAGUGACCCUGCGGGCAAAAGCCAUGGAUCCCCAUAAAAGCCUGGAAGAGGUGUUCAAAGCAAAACUUAAAGAGAACCGGAACAAUGACCGUAAAAGAACAAAGGAAUAUAAGAAAGAAUUGGAAGAAAUGAAGAGAAGAAUACAAACAAGGCCCUAUCUUUUCGAACAAGUUACCAAGGCCCUCGCCAGGAAAGAAGCAGAAGAGCGGUAUCGGGACACCCUGAGGCAGGCUGGCCUGGAGGAAGAGUUUGUGAGAACCAAGAGUCAAGGCACACAGGCUGUGCAAGGCAAGAAGAAAGCCAAAGCCAAGGAUUCUCCUAGCAUCCAUGAUACUAUAAAACUCAGCAUCCAAGAUUCAUGGCAGGAUUUAGAUGACUCUGGACCAGCCUGCUGACCCGUGGAGGAACUAGAAGAGCAAUGGCUUGAACAGCCAACCAAACUGCUUGUUGAAGCCGUUCGUUCGUCAUUACCACAUCUCAUCAUCAAGCAGCCAACUAGGUGAGGAGCUUGAGUUCAGAGCCAUGGCUACUGUUAGGGAAUGGGAGAAAAUAACAACAGAAAUGGCUGAAGAGAUCAAAGUACAGUCGAGGGUGGGGUUCAAGGUUCUUGCUUUGCACUUGACAUCAAGGAGUGGGCACAGAAAACGAGGUAGAAGCCCACACAUAUGGAGUAGGUGCAAGAGGAAUCCAGGUAGAAAAACAGGUAGCAAUAAGGAACUAGGGAUCCAGGGCUGCCAGACCAUACACAUUCUCAUCAGCAGCCAGAAACCUGGUGUUCUGGCAACCAAACCUUUAGGAAUACUGUGCGUGUAAUAAAACAUAGUUCUCAGUCUACAUCUGAAACCUGAUGCACAGGCCCUACCACUAGCAUCUGAUACACAUGAACAGGUCAGUUUUUGUUGUUUGUAGGAUGUCUUUCGCACCCCUUGCCUCCACCUACUGUAUGCCCUGUAGCACCCCUCUUUGGGUUGUUAACAACAAAAAUGUUUCCAGAUAUUGCCAAAUGGCCUCUAGAAGGCAAAAAAGUCCUGGAUUGAACAUCACUGCUGUAGAAAGCAAAGAAAGACUGGUAAUUUUGGAAAAAAACAAGUAAUUGCUAUGAGCUUAGUCUCCAUACUAAUGGAUAAUUCUGCAUGCCAAUAACAAACUCACAACAGCAGUUCUGUUCUGCCGUUCUUGAGAACACAGCACUGUUUGAAUGUUUGUAACAGCAUAAAAUUCAUUUUAUAUAAAACUUCUGAA